AUGCGAGAUGUCGUAUUGAGAUUGGCUUGCUCGACAGCUUUGGAAGUUACAGUUAAGUUGCUGAAUGGAACUAUUAAUUCUGAUGAAAAUAAUAUUUCCAAAACAGAUGCUAAUAAUAUGACGUGUCACUAUACAGUGCUCGAAUUACCACAGCUGAGAGUAAAACAUUCACAGAAAGCAUUCAAAAUUAAGGCAGUGGUGAUAACAACUCCAGGCGGUCCAGAUGUCAUGCAAGUUCAAGAAGUCGACGAUCCUCAGCUUAAUGAUGAAGAAGUGCUGAUAAAAAUAUGUGCAACAGCGCUGAAUAGGACAGAUACUCUGCAAAGACAGGGCAUGUACCCUCUGCCUAACGGCGUGCCUCCUUAUCCUGGACUGGAAUCUUCAGGGGUAAUUGAAGCGGUGGGCAAAACUGUUGACAAAUGGAAAGUAGGUGAUCAGGAGCUUUAG